CUUAAGUACCGCAGUGGCCAAGCUUUGCAGGAAAUAUAUAUAUAUAUGCAAAUCAUAUAUAAAUUAGCGUAUAAUAUAUGUAUAUUUGGUAGAGCGGCCAACUCUUUAUAAAUGUAGCAAGUGUCCACUCCCUUUGCUCUAUUAACUCAAUGGCACGCUUGUUUUCUACCCAAAUCUCCCCCUUACUCACAAAUGGUGCCACCAAAGAACAAAGCCACAACAAUCAGCAAGAAUCCCCUGAUAUAAUAACACUCUCUGAGCAUCCAAAAGAAAGAGGUUGGCUUACUGAACAUGUACUCCAAUACAAAGGCUUUUGGUAUCCCACAGGAAUUCUCCAAGGUCUUAUAGCACUUCAGCAGCAACACUUUAAGCCAAAACCAGACAGUGUCAUACUAGCCAGUUACCCAAAAUCUGGCACUACAUGGCUGAAGGCCAUUCUUUUUGCAAUUACAAACAGAUCACACUUGGAUUUCAACACACACCCUUUGCUCACAUCAAAUCCACAUGAGUUAGUUCCACAGCUAGAGGGUUAUGCAUUUACGCACCCAACAAAUCCCACACCAAACACUUGUCUCAUGCAUUCACAUCUUGCUUUCAAUUCAUUACCAGAGUCCAACUGCAAAAUAGUGUACAUUUUUCGAGAUCCGAAAGAUGUUUUAGCUUCUUGCUGGUAUUUUGUGCAGAAAUUAAGACCCAAAGAACUUCCUUUCAUUUCUCUACAAGAAGCAUUUGACCAAUUCACUAAAGGGUGUUCCCCAUUUGGUCCAUUUUGGGAUCAUGUAAUGGGCUAUUACAAAGCUAGCUUAGAAUUUCCAAAGAGGGUUCUUUUAUUGAAGUAUGAAGACAUGAAACAAGAUCCAAUCUUUAAUGCUAAGAGAUUAGCAGAGUUCUUGGGGCAGCCUUUUUCCAUAGAGGAAGAAAGGGAAGGCAUUGUAGAGAGAAUAACAGAAUUUUGUAGCUUUGAGAAACUGAGUAAUUUGGAGGUGAAUAAAGAGGGUACACACACUGGAACUUUUAUUCCUACUAUUGCAAACAACACAUAUUUCAGGAAAGGCAAAGUUGGUGAUUCCAAGAAUCAUCUUUCAGGGGAAAUGAUUGAGGUUCUUGAUGAUAUCACAAAGCAAAAGUUGGGUUUUGAUUUGAUGACUACAUCUGUCACCCCACAGCAAAAUGGUAAUGGGAUUGAGUCAGACAAGAAUCACAUCAACUAGCAUGUAUUUUCUUCAUGAGGAAAUUGUCCUACAAAUGAAAAUUUUCCCUUUAGUUCUCCUCUUUGCUUUAAUUGUUUUGGUUACCUUCUGUAGGUAGCUUUGGUUCUUGAUUCCAAUAAAUGUGGCUUUUUGUUGUUA